AUGUUCCAGCGACCCAAGCAAGAGCUCGAGUACCUCCACGCCAAGCACGCCAAGCUAUCGCACACGCUUGGUGAAAUCCAAAAACGGCUCGCCAGCGUACCCGCCGCUGCCCGCCCGUGGCAAGCCCGCGCCAUCGAGCAAGCUACGGUAGCCCAUCGAUCAAUGCAGGAAAAUCUCCGGCUUCGUGACAUGGUGACGGAGCAGCUCCAGGUCAUCGAAGCUCUCGAGCGCGUUUUGGCUCAGCCAAAAAGCAUGGCCUUUCUCUCUAACGACGCUGUUUGGCAGCUAGCGAUUCUGUCGUCCAAGCAUCGCACUGUGCACUUGGAGAAACUCUUGGACGCGCAGUGUGCCAAGCGCGAGCACGAGUGGAUUCGAUAUGGCUUGCACGAAGUCCGGUCGAGCUGCUCUGAGAUGCGCAAGGUGUUUAUCGAGACGCAAGGAUCGAUCUCGGUCGUCUUUCUCAUGUCCAAGCACGUGCAACUUCCGCUUCGCGACAUGGAAGAUACGCUAUGGGAUCACAUGCGCACAGGCAUCCACGACACGUCCUCGGUGCUCGAGACGCAUCAUCCCAACCUUGUCUACCUGAGCGAGCUCGUGACGUUACCGGACCCAUUGAUGCCGAAGCUGGAGGCCCGGAUGGCGCUUCGUCGGUACAUCGACCCUGGAAGUAGCUCGUCGCUCUUUGUGUGGCGGUCGAUUGUCGAGGACGAGUUGUACCCGUUCAAUGCAGCGCACUUGAUUGCAAACGUCAAAGGCUGGGCUCUUGUCGAAGCCACGGGCGAGAAUGCAACGUUCGUGCAGAGCUGCAUUCGCAUGCACCUGCCCGAGCGCUCCCUGCACUGUGCGUCCAUCGAGCCGGCAAAUGGCACGUUGACAGAGCUGCUUUUGCAAUCGAUUGAAACCAACAGCGCCCGUGCGAGCAGACGCAUGGAGGACGCCAUCGUCGCGCUUCAGCACGACUUAACUAGUAGCUCGUCGUAA